AUGAGAAACGACCUGGUGACUUUCCUCUGGGCCGAGAACUACAUCCAACACCCCGAGGACUUCGAGGAAUUCCUGAGAAGGUGCAAAGCAGCCAUCCAAGCAACAGGUGCAAAUACCCCUUGCAUAAUGAACCAUAUCGAGCUGGUCCAGUGGAACAUGGACAAGAAGUAUCUCCUUGACAUGCAGAAUGCCGGCUUCGACAUACCCAAGACUGAGAUCUUGGAUGCAGAGCAGUAUCCUUCUGUGUCUGCGCUGUACCAACGACUUCAGACCUUCCAAUCAUCUGGUCCCAUUGUGCUCAAGCCAUCCGUGUCUGCGUCUUCCAAUAAUACUCGGCUUGUUACGGAUGUAUCAGCACUCUCGGUGGAUGAUGUCGCCUUUCUAGAAUCAUGUAUCAAAGGAGAUUUGCGAAGUUCGUUGAUUGUGCAACAAUUCGAGCCGGCUAUCGCUACCGGUGAAUAUUCAUUUGUUUUCAUUGGGGAGAAGCUUUCCCUUGUUGUAUUGAAAGCGCCUAAAAGCGGCGAGUUUCGUUGCCAGCAUGAGUUCGGUGGUCGGCAUAGUCGUAUAGAAAUUGCGGAGAUUGAGGAGCGGACGUUAUCCAUGGUGAAUUCUAUUUUUGAUACCCUCUGGACAUGGUUCGGGAAUGGGUCAACGGGGAUGAUGGGAUACGUGCGUAUCGAUGGUUUGGUGACUGAUGAUCGUGCGUUUGUAUUGAUGGAAAUUGAGGCUAUCGAGCCUCAUCUUUAUCUUGAAAUGGCAGGCCUUCAGGACAUACUAUCUAUUUUACUAAGAUAG